UCACACCCUCAAUGAUAUCGUUCAGGAGAUUUCCACCAGCAGCGCGCUUUUUGAAAGUGGGGUAACUUUAUAACUCAGGAUAGGUUUGUGUUAAUUGUAUUGUCAGUCUUACUCUGAAUAGAACGUUUAGUAUUCUCUCUCCUCGCAAGUCAGUCUGCAAACAUCUAGUUACCUGUUUUAUAUUACAUCAAAGAAAACGAGAGAACAAAGACAGACAAAACAGUAUGGCUACCAGCAUUGAAUCAUUGCAUUUACAUGUUAACAACAAAAUAGCCACCAUUAAGAAGUCUCUUCAGCUAAGAAAUAUAGCAAGUGAUCCAGAUAUGAAUACAAUACUGAAGAAGAUAGGACUGGAACUGGCUGCUUUAAAUGAUGUCCUAAAUAGAUUUGAAGCUGAAGUUGAGCAGCAGGAAAACUCUCUGAAUUUCCUCAAAGAUCUCAAAGCAUCCUUGGAUGGAGAUAUGAAAGCUGUUCUGCACCUAAGCCAAAACAUUCCUCCUCAUUUGCCUAGAAAAGCAGCUGCCACAGCAUCAGAGAUGAAUGGAAAGCCAGAAGAAAAUACUAAAGAUGCCGAAACACAUGAUGUUUCAAGAAAGCAAUCAAAAUGUAGUGCAUCUAUUAAAGAGAUGGUAUACAUCACUGUACAGGAAUUUGAGACUGUUCCUCCAUAUAUGAAAGGGCGUCUUACUUAUGAUCAGGUCAAUGCUACAGUUCGAGACAUCAACAAAGCUGUUUUUGGCAAGUACAAGAUUCUACGUCAACCCAUCAAAUCUUUAAAUAAUGUCAACCGAAACCUGUACCAUAGAUUCAUGGAAGAAGAAACUAAGGAAACAAAAGGCUUAUUCUUUGUUGUAGAUGCAGACAUCAAAGAGUUCUGCCAGAAAACUGUAGACAAGCGAUUUCAAGGCAUGCUCAGCAUUUUGAGGCAUUGUCAGAGAAUAAGGGAGGUCAGAGGAGGAAAAGUUGUCCGUUAUGUCCUUUUGUAAUAAGGACCUUAGGAAAUUUGUAUAUUUUAAAAUGUACAAGACUGUGUGUGUGUUUUAAUAUAUCAUUAUUGCUGUUAUAGUCAUGCCACAUUAAGCAGUUGUGCACCAGAAUCUUACAAAGGACUUUACAGCCAAAGACUAUAGAUGCCAUUGGAAAUUGUUGGCAUGUCCUGCUCAGUGAAGACAUACUGUUGCAGUGCCUUAAGAGGUGAGCGGAACCUGGUCAGUGAGGAAGAAACUAGCCACAUGAAUAAUGGGGAAAUUACCAAAAGGAAGACAAGUCUGCUGAUUGGGAUGUAUUUGAAAGUUUGACAAAACUGCUGAACUUGGAAUAACAGUUUUCAGACGCAGUUGCAUAGAUGUUUGCAUAUUUUUGAAGCUUCACUUUACCUUUGUAUAUUUAAAACAAAGUCAUGUUGAAACUUUACAUCCCAAUGUAGUCUAGCAUUUCAGCAGGAACAGAAAGUUCACUGAUCACUAAAUUUGGACAAGUAAAUAAACUGAUUUUAGUCCA